CAUUUCCCGACGGGUGCAAGGCGCAGGCGGUGCGGGUCGGGGGGAGGGUGCAUGCGAUGAUGGACAUCGUAUUGAUUUCUAUCUGGCCGCUCCUCCCUUAUUGUGGCGGUGCAGGGCGGCAUCGAUCGCUGCACCCUCUAAAUUAACAGAACGCAAUCGAUGCAGUGGACGUGACCGUGUGUGUGCUAACUGAACUGUUCUCGCGUCACGUGGUUGUAAAUAAACAAAACACUAAACUGAACGCGAUUCGUAAUUCAAAAACAAAAGAGACGCACAAAUAAAACAAAAAAGGAUCGCGCGCCGUGGAAAAAGAAGAAAUUGGAGAGAAAAAAGAAAAAAGGAAGGAGGUUGGAGUGUGUUUCGGUAGUCAGUCAGCAAAGUGGCGGCAACAGUGGGCGCGCGCGUGGAAUGCGCGGGCGUCGACGCGUACAGCGCUCGCGCACGCCCCGACACGGUGCCGCCCUCGGAGCACCCGGCCAUGGCGACCGACACCGGCGGCGCCGCGGCCGGCGGCGAGCAGCAGUACUCGCUGCGCUGGAACGACUUCCACUCGGCGAUGGUGUCGUCGUUCCGGCGCCUGCGCGAUGAGGAGGACUUCGUGGACGUCACCCUCGCCUGCGCCGGGGCUACCUUCACCGCGCACAAGGUGGUGUUAUCAGCGUGUAGUCCGUACUUCCGAAGACUGCUGAAAGCGAAUCCUUGUCAACACCCUAUUGUUAUCUUGCGGGACGUUCACGACAAAGACAUGGAAAGCUUACUCAGGUUUAUGUACCAAGGGGAAGUGCACAUCGGCCAGGAACAGCUAAAAGAGUUUCUAAGAGCGGCUCAGCUACUGCAAGUUCGAGGUUUAACUGAUGUACCAGCGCCAGCCCCAAUCCCCACAUUGGAUCAGAAAGCUUCACCAUCGGCGUCAUCUUGGACAGAGACAGGCAGCGGAGGCUCACGAGAAGGGAGGGAAGCUCAACCACGUGAGGGUCGAAGAUCAAGGAGGCCGGAGGAAGGCUCAACCAGCACACCCCCACCGAAACGCGCGAGAUCCUCAGACUUGUAUCAGGCACAAAUGAAAACUAGUUAUUUUUACAGGACAGAACAAUUGCUGGCAGCUACAGGCAGUCCAGAACGUUUAGGGACAAACGGACACGAACUAGCACUAUUCGGACAGACACUAGACAACGUGCAAACCGCGCAUUUAUCAGGAGUCUCUAAUAACUUGUCUGGUGAUGGAGAAGAGUCAUCAUCAGACGCUGGUGCGAGUGACACGGAGGGAGAGACGCGUGCCAAGCAGGAACCUCUGGACUACGACGACCCCGCCACCAUGGCCAACACCAACGGAUCCCUCCCCCACAACUUCCCAGGACUUCUUAAUUUGCCAGGCUUUCCCGGAUUACCCGGACCGUCAGGAAUGCCAGAUAAUUAUGGCGGCUGCCGGCGUACGCAAGACCUGCUGCGCGUGCGAGCCACCGACCCGCGCCCGUGCCCUAAAUGCGGGAAGAUCUACCGCUCGGCGCACACGCUGCGCACGCAUCUGGAGGACAAGCAUACUGUAUGCCCGGGAUACCGCUGCGUGCUCUGCGGGACGGUGGCGAAGUCGCGCAACUCGCUGCACUCGCACAUGUCGCGGCAGCAUCGCGGCAUCUCCACCAAGGACCUGCCCGUGCUGCAGAUGCCCACCCGCUUCGACCCCGAGCUGGCCAGCCAACUACUAGCCAAAGCCGGCGUGAAGGUGUCUCCCGAGCAGCUACGAGCGCGCGCGUCGCCCACCGGCCCGCGGCGCUCCGACAUCAAGCUGGACGCCAAGUCCGCCGCCUCCGAGACCAGCUCCAUCUGCGGCGACAACGACAACGACGACCUCAGCCAGUCGCGCUACCAGGACAGCGUGCCCGUGUCCCCGCCUCAUAUAAACAACCUGGCGAACACGACCAUCACGAAGGUGCCUGCCGUGCGCGCGGUGACGGCCAAGGCGGUGGAGAGCCUGCCGCACGGGCUGGCCGGCCUCAAGCACGACGACUACCCGCCGCACUACGGCAACUCCGCCAUACUCGACACCUACAUGCAGUAUUUUGGAGAAAACCUAUUCGGUAUGAACGCAGCAAAACUAGCACAAAUGACAGCUAUAAACAUGGACAGGAAAACCUACGAUGAACCGUCUCCCCAAAUGGGUUCCCUGCCUCCGACACACACGCACACCCUCGCCCACCAGCGCUUCUUGAAGCAGAUGCAGCGGCAGUACACCGAGAACAUGAGCAAACCCGACAUCAUGCGCAACUCCGACGAGCCCCUCGACCUCGGCAAGGAGCGCCAGCGGAACGACAGCAUGUGCGAAAUGGACACCGACAAAAACGACAUGACUGACAGGGAAAUGAGCAAAGACUACAAUGACGGCGACAGGAACAGGACGAACAACUCGGAGCAGGAGCACGACAACAGCGGGCAGGACGAGGGGGAUUACUCCGAGGACGAGCAGAAGAACGCGUCCUCAUGAAAUCCCGAUGCUACGGUAGGCGUGUUGGAUUAGUCGCGUAGACUACGAGUAACACAGAUAGGACAAUGUUUUGUUGAAGGUAUUUCAAACGGUGCUUGAGUGUUAUGUUUUGUGGUCAUUAGCUGAUUCGUUUUGCGGUUUAAUUGUUGACCCGUGGAAUGUCGUUGGUGCCAUUUCCAAUAAUGUAAUGUAAAUUAAACGUUAGGAUAUACGGUGUGAGCCCGCGGCAGAUGUCGGUUUGGUUCUUGUUCAAAUGUUUUGCUGGAUCAGAUGAGAAGUUUAGAAGGCGUGUUGGUACAGAGCUCGUCGGCGAUACUUUUGUUGGAUAAUAGGUUGUCGCAUUCAUUCAGUCAGGAGUUGAGAUGCAAUUGCCUUUAGUGCACUUUUGGGCACUUGAUCGACGUCACAGACCCAUCUCGUCACGUAGACCCGAGUACACACUAGAUAGUAUCGUCGACUCGCCACUUGUUCGUGAGAUUGUUUUAGUAGUUUAAAAAACUAGUGAGUAGUGUUUUGUAUUGUGAAUGUAAGGUCCCUGUCACAUAGUAGGGCCUCUUACAUAGUAAUUCCAUCCAUCUACCUCAGCAUUUGGGCCAAUGCGGCGACGUUAUAAAUAAAAAAAAAUAUCCACACAAAUUGUGAAAUUCCAUCCAUCUACCUCACUUCAAUAGAUUUUAUUUAAUAUUUUAUACAAUUUAUAGAUAUAAAUAACUGUUGUUUUAUGCAUUUUGCAGAUUGCAUUUAUAUAUAUACUAUAUAGAGUAUAUCGUAGGUAAAUAUAUGCAAGUCAUUAGGUCAUUGUUAGUGCUGCCCGUAGAUACUCGGUAACCGUUACUUUGUAUAGAAGCGCACUCACUAGACGACGGUAGUCUGUGUCACGUAGCGAGUAUUACAUACCCUCUAUAUCAAGCACACUAACUAAUACUAUAUUGAUAUCUUUGUAUACGAAAGAACAUGACAGAGCUUAAAAUGUUAAUAUUGUUAAAUAAUAAGUGCGUGUGUUGAGACGCAUUACAAAUUAUACCACGAUAAUAAUUUUAACGAUAAUAAAUGAAUGAGAAUUAAAUUUUUAGAUCAUGUUUUGACAUCUACAAACGUUUAGUUCAACUCCUUGAGACUGAGUAUACCCAAGGAGCGCCGCGCGCAGGCGCCCGCGCAUAUACGUGUAAAGUUCAAAUUGACCGUUGACAAAUCUUAUUGAGCAUGUAUGACAAUGUAUAUAAAAUGAGGUGAUAUGUAUAGUACAUAAUAAUAUAAACAAAUAGAAACAAAAGCAAUAAAUAAAGUAUACCUUGAUGUUGCCUUCGGAUACGUGUAAAUAGAUUGUGGGUAGUGAACGGUUUGUGUUGGUUUGCGAACAAAUAUGAACCUUGUAAUAGUAACAAGAAGGUUUAUUUUGUGGUAAUGAUGUGGGCUCGUUACUUAAAUAACAAUUACUGUGAUUACAAUCUCAAGUUAGCCUUCAAUACUUAUACAUAUUUUUUAGAGUACAAUGUUAUAGUUAUUUAGUAUAUUGUAAGAUUAUUUGUAAGUGAAGUCACAAGAAUAUAUUUACUUCCCUAAGCAUUAGAAUUCACAUUAUUUAAGCAUUUAGAGCAAUAGGUGAAGCAUUUAACCUUUUAUAUGAGAGAUAUUUGACGUCUAUGAAUUUUUUGUGACACAAUAAUAGAGAUUAAAUGAUAAAUUAGUCCCGAUAAAUUAUUUAUUUUUAAAAACAAUAUUAAGGGACAUUUAAUUAAAUUAGUUAGCAGUCUUCCCAAUUAAUACCGAACAGUAAAUAUUUCAAAUACAUCUUGUUAAGUAUAUUUUCUAAGGGUGUAUUCACAGUUACGUAACAGGAAGUGUCCCCAAAGACUUCAUAGACGUGCAUCCUAGUGUAAGAGCUACGGGUUAAUAAUUUUGUUUAGUGUGUUAGUGAGAUUUGUCGAGUUAAGUCUGUUUGGUUUGCGUACUUAUUAUAACCUUGUUGACAGUUUACAGUGUUGCCAUAGUGAUUUUUGACUGUAUAUAAGUUUUGAUUGUUUAGAGAAGAGUGCUUCAUUAAUUAUUUAGUUGGUAUAGAAUACACUUCUUUAUUUAGAUUGCUCUGUGAGUACAUUAUUAUAAUAUUGUUACAUACGUGUUGCUUUGGUUGGCUCGUCUUCAUAAUAGCAGAUGCAAAAAUACUAGUAGAUGAUAGGGCAACAUUUACAUUAUUUUAGUGUGAAUGUUACCCUAAAUACAUCCUGCAACCAAAAUAAUCCGUGUGUAACCGCAUAAAAUACAAAUACGAAUAAAAAAUAGAUAUUUGCACGACAUACAUAAAUAUUAACCAAUAGUCAGUUACCAGAAUGUGAUUAAGAAAUAAAUACGUAUAUAUUUUUUCAGAACACACUCAUUCACAGAUAAAAUAAGUUACAGUGCCAAAUAUUUAAGUUGCAUCGAAUGUUGAAAAACAGACGCUGUUUUAAUAUAAUUAUGGUCAAAUUUGUUUGACCACGAAUCAAACUCGAUGUAACUUGUACGCACUGUACAGUUGUUGACUCUGCAAAAUAUUAUUGUACCAGUGAAACAUAUAAUAGUUAAGACUUUAAGUCGAUCUUUACGGUCUUGUAUAAUACUUAUUUUUAGUUACCUUAAGAACUUUGGAAGUUCGCAUUUAGUUUUUUUUAUGUUUAUUGUACAACUAUACCUCAUUAGCAUGACUGCUCAUGUAAAACUCAUUUUGUUACAUUUCUUAUACUAUAAUGUUGCUGCUAAAUCUGUUGUGGUAUCUUUGUUACAUAAAAAACACGCAACAUUUCAUCAGUUUAUCUUAGUCGUUUUGAACGUUGAAUAACAUUUCUUCUACAAUCAUAAUUUGUAUAAACUUAUGGGAUUUUGCGAUAUGUAACACCCAUGCCACGACACGGCGCGACACAAACGUUAGCGCUUCAUAGCGAGCACAAAUUUAUCUUAACCCUGGUUGGUGUAUUUGAAUAGAUAGUUGAUUUCAACAUUUUGACUUAAUAUUUACCACCGGUAAUUUUAAGCGACUUAAUUUUUUCUGAUUAAAUCAUAUGAAUGAAAACUAAAUUUUCAAUACUCAGUUGAUUGAUUUAGUUCGAUUUCGUGAUCUCGUUAAAUCUUUUGUUUGUUGUCUUGUCCAAUUGAUAAUUUACUAAAUUGUCAUGCGUUUUCAUUUCUUCUGUUUUGUAUCGACGCCAAACAGAGGCGCAGGGAUAACUUAUAUUGAAAACGAGGGUACUUUUACGUUGCUAUAAGUUGCCAUUUUAAUAAGAUAAUCCUUGUUUUUGCACCGUAAUGACCCUAGCCAUACGCAGAAGGUAACGUGUUAAUUUGCAUUGUUUUACGAAUGGACACGCCUUUGCCAUUGUGUACAUUAGUGUACUAGCUGUACGCCGCUUCACAUCAUUAUUAUACGAGAAUAAAUAAAAAUAAUUGUUUUGAAA